AUGGCAGUGAAUCAUCGGAAUGUUUUCGCCACUGAGCACUCUUCAACCAAUCCAUCUCUAUCUCCGCUCAGAUCGGAGGGAGGAGGAGCCAUUGGUGUGCUUGACGACGAUCUCGCUACUGUGACCAGAAUCGACAAUCUAGGUCAAGAGCCUGACGACUGCACUGUCGUUGAUAAAGACCCCUUUUGUGUGACAGAGGACGGAGCUAAGAGGAAACUCUCCAUCCCUAACAUCUCUCAUCGACACAGCUCAGAUAAAGUCAAGGGAAUCCGUAAUCGCCCUUCACUCUCACCUUCUUUCACUUCGUUCCUCGUGCCGUCGAGGAUUCGACUACCUCGUCGAUCCUCUGCUCAACCCGGCACUACUGCGACGCUCUCAUCCUUGUCGAUUGAACCCGAACCCCACUCGUAUCCAGGCUCACCCACCAUGUCGAAGCCUCGCAACACGGCCCUCGAGGCGUUCACAAACUGGCUAGCUGUCAAGCCGCCUACUCCACCCGUCGAUCGACCCUCAGCGGUCCUCGUCUCUGACGUGCCGGAGCCUAUUCCUGCUAUGCUUCGAUACCCUCCCAAGGAUCCUAAUGAAAUCCCGCACUCACCAGAUUGUAUCGACUGUGCACACAAGCGAGUCGUCAAGGGGGAUACCUUUGUAACGGCAUCUCCACAUGGUCAAGACGAGUCGCUCAGCAUCCAAAUUGGACAGCAUGGUCAAGGUGGACUCUUUCGAAGCACCGAUGAACAGGAGCGCGUGAACAGGGUCCACUCCAAUCGCUUUGGCUCUUCACCUUCGCUCGCAAGUUUGGCCAGUGCCGUCGAGUCUGGAGCAAAGACCCGACCUGAAUUAUCCAUCUCGACCACUCUGUCCCAUCGUGCUCGGCGUCCAUCACAAUUGGCCUCUCAAGCCAGCUCCUGCAUUGACUUGACCGCACUUCCCGAGAGCGAAGAGGUUACUACUUUCAAAUCCCCGGGGCCAUCAAAUCAGCUAAUCGAGGAGGAUACCAGUCUUCCCACGCUCUAUUCUGCCACCGUUGACAAAGCGAUCACCGAAGAGCCUCAGACUGUCUCCCCCAGUGAAUUGUCAAAUCAACGUGUUUGGCUCUGCUCUCCUCCACCUCGUUCUCCGCCCCUUUCCCCGCUUCAGCUUGAUUCAAGCUCUACCCUGAAUGUCAACCAACCCGUCCCUGUUACGAUGACUCGAUCGAGGUCGGAGGCCACCGUCGCCAGCAUUACCGUGGAGCAUAUUCAACCAGCGACCUUUGCGUCCCGAUGGUGUAACAAGACUGGACGAAGAAACAGACCAUUCGUCACUCGAUCCUUCUCGACAGGUCGACUAGCGACUGAAUUCGAUGAUCAAGGUCGAGUCAUCUGCCUCUCUGCUCAUUCAGAUCGGGUUCUAGCAAACAAGAUCAGCGUUGAGCCCGUAUGGAAGAUCAAAACGCCUAUCGUCAGUGAGCCCCCAACGCCUACUUCGCCCGGCGGUCAGAGUCCAUUUGCUAGUGUCAGAUCUCGCUUCGGGUCAAGCGCCUCUCCAAGUAUGAAGGGAUCAAAGAUGGGCCGACCGAUGCCCAAGCGGGCAAACUCUGAAUCCCGCGAUUCGCCCUCGGAAUUUGGCGCUCUGAAUUCUGGUCCCGGCAAUCAACAACGAGGGGCUGGCAUUGUCCAGUGA